AAACUAAAAUAAAUACCUAAAACAUUUAAUAAACAAUAAAAAAAUAAAAUCAAAAACAAUGUCUACCAAACUUCCAACUAUAUCCGUUACUGCCGAUCAUCAUUCCUCACAAUCUGAAUCAUCCUCAUCUUCUGAGGACUCGUACAGCAAUGACAUGGACUACGACCGUAAUGGCGCAGGCGGUGUAACAGAUAUUGAAGACUUUGGUAGUCAAGCCGAAGUUCUCAAAACGAGUUCACGUCGCAGUUCGGUCAAUUUAACCAAUAAGCAAAAACAACAACAUAAAGCCAACCCUUUCGAAAAUGAUGUUACCGAUGUUGAGGACUACGACACUGAAUCAGAAGAUGACGAGAAAAGCACAGUUUACCCCGAAUUGAAACUAUCUCUACGUGAAUUCUUAAACCAAGGCCUUCAAAAUCAAGAAGCUGUGGAUAAUGAUGCCAAAGAGAGCUAUGAAGUCAAAGCUGGUGACUUUUUGCAAGCACAAAACUUGAAUGGUAUGGUCGAUUAUCUAACCGAUUGCGAAGACUAUGACACUGACUCCGAAGUUGGUUAUGGCUAUGAGAAAUCUGUAUGUGUGGACUUAGAUAAUGCCAUUGGCGACCAGGGCCGUGUCAAUAUAGCCGAUGGUGAGAAACAGCAAGAUGAUUCUGAUGAAUAUGAGGACGUUUCAGCUAUCAGCGAUAUAGGAGACUUGGCAUCGGCUAUGUCUGAUUGUGCUGGGCUCGGUAGGCGUGGCAUGUCUGAGGAUGAACUACUUGAAGUAUCUGGCAGCGAAAAGAUUUGUAAUAUAGCCUGCUCUGAAAGUGAAACGAAUUCUGAAGGCGCGGCCGCAAAAAGCGCCAGCGUUAGUGAGGCAAGUGUGCCACCAAUUGACGUGGCCUUUAUUACCGCCUCAGGGGCGCCACGAAGAAAUUCAAAGUCAACGCUACCCAUGAGUUCAGGAAAACAUCUUUUACAAGUAGUUCCUCGAAAUGAAGAGGUCUUAACCGAUGUUGAGGGCAUCGACGAUUCAGCGGCUGAAGAUAGCUUUGACGACGAAGAGGAAAACGAGGAACCCAUACCUCGUGCCAUUAUUCUUGCCCCUGGAGACGAUGGCACUUGCCAGACCGAUAUAGAGGAUAUGUAUUGCGAGGAUGGCUCUCUUUCGAGCGUGUUUGCUGAAGCAGCUUCAGUAGCACUUGAGGCGUUACCACCACCUCAUCGUGAGGUUGUCGAAUUAAAAGAGGACAAGUAUGGCGAUACUAUAACCAAUGCCAUGCCUAUGGACAGCACCUACGAGUUUGGCAUAUACAAUCAUUUGAAAGAUACUAUUCACACUGAAUCCGAGGACUAUUCAUGUGCAGAUGAUUGGAGUAUGAAUCUAUCUCUUGCCGAAGACCUUGCCCCUGGUUCCCAAAAUAUUCUAGAAAAUGACGUGAUUGUUGCCAAUGAAGUGAUGAAGCAGCAGCAAAACAAACGGCUGGAGGUGCAGGCCAACGCCGAAUCGGUUACUGAUGUCGAGGAGAUUUUCGUAGCGGGCACAAACCGACGCAAGAAGCUAAAGACACGUACCUUAAGUAAGGGCAAGUCGAAGCUGCUAGAUAUUAUCAAACCGAAGGAGGAUGGCGUAACUGAUGUUGAAGAUAUGGACCUAAGCGAAUGUGGCUUGCCGCCUGGUGUGAAUCGUGUCGAGCAACUGAAGCAACAGGCCAAAACAGCCGAUUCCGAUGAACUUUCCACAGACGAUGUAUCCUCCAUCUCCGAGGCAUCUGAUGUUCCAUCAGUCGAUGUGUCCAAUGUGCGCUUGUACGCUGCAAAUACGAGUGCUUCGACCAAGACGUGCAACAAGUCCAAGUUGCAUCCGAUUUCUUUGCUCAAAGAGGAAGCCAUAAGCCAACAAAAUACUGACAGCGAAGAUGUGCAACUGCCCUCGGAUGCCGAGGAUGUGCUUGAGCCACCGGUUAUUAAAGCAGCCAACUGUAAUAGCAAGGAACUGAAUGAGAUGCUGAACGAGAGUUACACUGUCGUGCACGAGAAGAGUGGCACCGGCUUCAAUAUCGAGGCCGAAAGAUUGCAUAUAAAAGGCAUGAUAAGAGACGCCUAUACUGACUCCGAGUAUGUUGAGUCCGAUGAGUCAGUCGCUAGAGGAGGCAAUUGAUCUGCCGUAGUAUCCUGUUCAGUUGCCAAACCAUUUACCAUAGUUCAAUAGUUGUGUGUGCAUAAAAACAAAACCAAAUUCGAAUAAUGAAAAACAGAAAACUAAAUAGAAACACUCAUGCAUUUUAAACUGUUCAAGAGAAAACAAUUGACUUAUCCGUUUUGCAAAGCGACCUACCAUCACAAAAAAUUGAUGAUGUUAAAGUUGGUGUUGGUGGUGGUGAUAAUGGUGAUAAUGGUGAUGACGAAGAUCUCGU